AUGGCGGCGGAGGAGCCUCAGCAGAAGCCGGAGCCGCUGGGGGGGGACGCGGACGAGUCGCCCUCGGGGACUCCCCCCCCCGCGCCCCCCUGGAGCCCCCGGUGCCCCCUGGAGCCGCCGGCAGUCCCGGACACCGUCCCCGCCCUGCUGCACAAGUACUCGCACAUCCGCAAGACGCGGCCCGACGGCAACUGCUUCUACCGGGCGUUCGGCUUCGCCCACCUGGAGGCGCUGCUGGAGGACGGACAGGAGCUGCAGCGGUUCAAGGAGCUGUCGGCGCGCAGCAAGGACGAGCUGGUGGCCCAGGGCUUCACCGAGUUCACCAUCGAGGACUUCCACAACACGUUCAUGGAGCUCAUCGAGCAGGUGGAGCGGCGGGUGCCGCCCGCGCAGCUCCUGGCCGCCUUCAACGAGCCCAGCACGUCCGACUACCUGGUGGUCUACCUGCGGCUGCUGACGUCGGGCUGCCUGCAGCGCCACCGGCCCUUCUUCGAGCAGUUCCUGGAGGGCGGCCGCAGCAUCAAGGAGUUCUGCCAGCAGGAGGUGGAGCCCAUGUGCAAGGAGAGCGACCACAUCCACGUGAUCGCGCUGGCGCGGGCGCUGCACGUGCCGGUGCUYGUGGAGUACAUGGACCGCGGCGAGGGCGGCGCCACCCACCCGCACGUCUUCCCCGAGGGCGCCCGGCCCCGCGUGCACCUGCUCUACCGGCCCGGCCACUACGACAUCCUCUACAAGUGAGCGGCGGCGGCGCGGGGACGCGGCC